GUCGGUCGGUCGGUAUUAACGGCUGCACACGCCCAACGUGUCUGUCGGUGUUUUUGCGUAUGUAUAGGGGCCUUUACUAUUCUAAAAAAAAAUAAUACUGAAAGAAAAAACGGAAUUCAGAAAGUAGCAGAUCAACAGAGUGAUUUGUGACUAAGACUUCGCUUUUAACGGAUGCAUUUGUUAAUUUUUCAAAGUUUCUUGUGGACUGCAAAUCGACACUAGCGCUGCAGCGGCCGUGAGAGACAUUUAGGAAGUUCUGUUCAUACAAAAUUGUGUGCACCGCAACUAGUGAAUGAAGUGUUGCGGUGGCUACCUAUAAGUGAAGCUCUUUCUGUCUGUAACAGUGUUUGUGAUCUGGGCUAAUUUGGAACUACUGUGAUUGAAAUGACUCCAGACUCGCAAUCAGAUAACUCAAUGGCAACACCUACGCCUCCUGCUUCCGAAUUGCUAUAUGAUAGCGAGCAAGGGAAGGUUCCCUCGCUUCUCACUGUAUGCCUGUUAAUUGAUAUUCCUGUUAUUAAAGCGACAUUAGAGAAAUCUAAGCUCGCCUGGCGAAGAGUAAAGGAGGGAAGUUCUGCAGCUAAGUGGUCGCUAAGUGCUGUCGAACUUACAGCAAGAAGUGCUGCCAAACCCGGUCGUAUCUUAGGAUGGCUUUUCAGGAUUCCGAUCGGCAUCGCAGAUCGCGCUAUAAGUGGACGCAUUAUAGAAGCAGAGAGGAGGUGGCCGAUUUUGAAGGAAUCACCGAACAAAGUUGUCGAAGUCACAAUGGAAAUAUUAAGAGGUCGACUGUGGUCUUGUUACACUGCCUCUGGGGUCGUCGCCGCAGACGGGAAACGUGCGGUCACAGCUUUAGCGGCCUUGACACGAAAUGUGGUGAGCUCUGUGCAGACUUCACUACAACGGUCUCUCGAGAACUUCGAAGAUCUCGUGGACGAGAUGGCAGCGAGGCCUGCAGGUGAAUCGCGAGUUGUGGAAGGGCAUUCUUCUCGGACGUCCGAAGCCUCAGUGCCUGCAGCUACGAGGCCACCAGUGACGGGGCUGGUGGGGAGGGCCCUGGAGAGCGGGCUCUACCUCUGCGUGGGCGGCGCCGUCUGCGCGCUUUCUGCCGUCCCCGUUGUGGGUCGCUUUGCCGAGGCGCUACGGGACAGCGGCGGGCCGCAACAGCCAGAGGCGGGGAGCCGCCAGAUGUCUCCACGAGCGUCGCCCGCGCCCAGCUCUCGCACGUCCAUGCGGUCACCGACUGUAGACGGAUAAGAAUGAAACGGCUGCCUCAGCUCUAUUUUAUUGCCGUUAGUUAUUUAAUGAACUCGAGCCAACAAAUACUGUUCAAUAAGUUAUUCAUUACUAUGAAUAACUUUCCAGAAAAGUUUAACAGGACAACUGGAAAAUGUCUUGCUUUUUUAAAAACGUUCACUAUUAGAGAACGUGUGCUUCUCAGUGUGCUUCUCAGUGUGGUUGGAAUGGGAAGUGGAAACUAGAGCUAGUCAGUUUAAAGUAAGGAAAGUGUCAUAUGAGGUAAUUGGCCAGCGGUCAGAAAAAAUUGAUAGAUGGCAACGCACACGUCAGAGGUGAUAAUUAGUGGUCUAUGUACUACCUGUGAACUCUGGUCUCGAAGCUUCGAAUUACAGGCUGAGCAGAUGGUUAUCAGUACCGUUCGGCAUGUUUUAGUUACGUUGGUAUAUGCAGUACAGUUAUUUCUGGGCUUAGGUUGUCAUGUAACCAAACAGCGUGUGAAUCAGAUCAGUAAAACACUAAAAAUCAGAUCCACACGUAACCAUAAAAACUUCCUUGAAAUAACCUACAAAUUCUGCAAUCU